GACCCCCCUCCAGUACACUUACUGCCCUAGCUUAGCGACUCAUGGUGAGAAGUCCAUGCUAUGUCCGCCAAUCCACAUCUCGGAGUAGCGUCUUCCCAAUCACCAACGCAGAAGUCGAAAUACGAAUUCACUGAAACUCAGGACUGGUUCAGCGGCCAUGAACCAACAUGGAAGUCAUUGAUCCUUCAGGUCACCGCGUCCAAACCCAGAGCUCUCGAAAUAGGAUCCUGGGAAGGCAGAUCUGCAGUAUUCUUGAUCGAGAAUUUGACCAAAGAUGAGGGUCACAUCACCUGUAUCGACCAUUUCGAUCUCGAACGGACCCCUGAGGGCAUCGAAAGGCUGAGGAAGAUAAGGAAUAACCUCGCCCUCGCUGGAGGUCCCCAUAGGAUCAUCGACGAUUUCAGUUUACCUGCGCUUAACAUGUUGCUCCAUGAGGCUCUUCCUCAAAAGGAUCCGGGCUUCGACUGGAUUUACAUUGAUGGGUCGCAUGAAGCAGAUGACACGUUGCUCGAUGGAGAACUAGCUUGGCGCCUAGCAAAGAAGAAUGCGAUUAUCAUAUUUGACGAUUAUGACUGGAAGGCGCAACCGGUGGAGAGUCGUCACCAUCCCCGACGAGGGAUCGAUGCAUUUAUGGCAGUCCAUGAAGGGGAAUAUGAAGUCCUUCCCUCAGAUUACCAAAUGAUUCUUCGCAAGACGUCGGAUAUGAGAAUCGGCUUUUUGUCCAAAGAUACAAAGGAGUUUAGCCGGGAAGGAUUUGAGUAUGGGAUUAACUUGGCGGUAACGACUAACAACGAAUAUGCAAUGCCAGCAGCUGUUGCUCUUCAUACAGUCAUUGCGAACACCCCAGGCCGCAUCUCGAUUUACAUCCUCCAAUACGAACUAAGCGAAGACAAUCAAAGGAAGCUUCGAGCAUCGGUUUCUUCGCGCGAUGAAGUGACCCUUCGCUUCAUUCGGCUUCCGAAGAGCAGCCUAUAUUGUACCCUCGGCCCACAGUGGGGGAAGAUAGAUGCUGUCAGCUGGGUACCAGUCGAGAGGGUAAUCUAUCUUGAUGCAGACGUCCUAGUCCGUAAAGACGUCUCAGCUUUGUGGGAUUCAGAUCUCCAAGGGGCGAGCCUAGGUGCCGUGCAGGACGUUGGAAUUCCGAUGCGGGAUGGAUCUCCCUACUUCAACUCAGGGGUGCUCUUGAUGGACCUGGCAAAGAUUCGAGAAGACAGGGAAGCGCUGCUUCGCGUGUGUCACAGCCUGAAAGAUUCACCGGUGCAUGAGCAAGACGCUCUGAAUAAACACUUCAAAUCAAGGUGGCGGGCGCUUGACUUCCGUUGGAACGCGCAAGGCCUUGGAACAUAUGCCAACAUGCCAUCCGCGGAACGGGAUGGCUUGGAUCUUGAACGCAUGAAGAUAGAGCCGUACAUUGUCCAUUUUACUGGACCGUUGCAUCCUAGUAUGGCGGAUAUAAUUAAUCCCUGGGUGCAGCCAUACACUGCCAAGCCUUGGGGAUAUGCAGGAGCCCCGGGCCACCCUUUCGCGGGUGAGUGGUGGAUGGAAUUUUCAGAGACUGAAUGGGUCUCGUGGGCGGGCUCGGAGGGGAGAAUCGAUGAGAGGAAAGCAAGAAGGAAGCAGAAGAUCGAGGAGGCUAUCGCCAAGUUCAAUAACGCUCUCGACGAGCAGGAACUCCAGGAAACGUGCGUAGUUGGAUGACCUAUUUUCUUUCACGCAUUCAGUUGAGCGAUGGUGAUAAAU